UUUACAGCUUGAUUGGUCGUAAACUGACCAUCUUUCUUCUGACGCGUGUGCUUACAUUGGUUAGACGUCUGAAGCUCCAGGACAAUGCCCCUGUGUCGGUUACGUGACCCGUGACCUGCCGUCGCCCUUAGCCCACCCCAUGUCACCGAGCAGUGGUGCUCGAGGCGAGUCACUCGGCAUUUAACCGCCGUCCUUCGUAAACUGCUGGACCGCUGCACCGCCCGAGGCCUAGCCGGCGGCGGACUACACCCAGUGACGUCACUGACGCUAUAUAAAGGCGGCGCAGGUUGAACGAACGCCACAAGUGCUGGGUGCAGGAAGAUCGCUGGGUGUUGAUCGUUCACAGGUCGCGCAUCACAUAUAGCAAGAUGGUGACGAAGCUGAUGCUGUUCGCCUGUCUGGUGGCUGCCGCACACAGCAUGGCCCCGAGGAAACGCCAGAGGGCAGAGGUCAUCGACGGACGGGUCGAGCUCGAGUACCAGGCGCGCAUCACAGCCGUCAGGAAGGUCAUCCGCGAGACCGAGUUUAUCACCAAGACUCAGACCAUCAUCGACUCGCCGUACUGCGUCAGCUACUCCAAGGACCUGCCGGCCUGCACGCCCAGCGAUCCGGAGCCCGUGCAGCCGACCAAGACUGUUAGGCGGAUGGCCAAGUCUCUGGCGCCGGAGCCGGCAGCCGUGGGCAGCGCGGCUCCCGAGCUGGUGUCCUCCCUCUCCGAAGCCGGCCAGCCUCAGAUCAUUGAGCUCUCCGGGGUCAACGAGGAGUGCAUCAACCAGAAUAGCGGCGUCACCUUCCUCACCACCAUGCUGACGACGCAGACGGUGACGGUGACGCGCACCCGGCCAGGGGCGCAGACCGUCACUAUCAGCAUCGACGGCUGCCUGCCGUCACCGAUGCCGUUCAACGCACCCACCUGCUAGCCUGCCACCUGGCGGCGAUAGUAUGAAGCAGUGCUUAUAUAGAUGACGCGGCAGUCGCCUGAGUGGUGAAACGGUAUGCGGUAUCGUCAUGGCGUUUCACUGAGGGUGACCUGCCAAUCGCGUUUUCUAGCGAAAGCGAUCAAGGGUUUGUUGGGUAAUUAAAUGUUUGCUGUUCGUUCAAACGGUCAGUAUUGUAGAUGGCAUUACUGAUGGCCAGCAACUCAGCUUCGCUCUUAUAUGGAGUGAUAAAUCGCUAAUGACCAUCACAUUGAUUCAAAGGCAUUGUUUUCAGGUGUGAAACUCGUGUUUUACGUUUCAUGGACGCAUAUUGUGACGCACUGGUCGGAAAAUGAUGUUUAAAUGUGUGAUUCACUGCAGACACAUCCGCAAUAAAACUUCAUAUGAUAACGUA